UUGCAGCAGGAAGGAGUCAGCAAGAUUUUCGGUAUUGUUGGCUCUUCAUUUUUGGACAUUCUAGACCCGCUGUACGACCGAAACGACAUGGAAUUCAUCGGCGUGCGCCACGAACAGGGCGCGGCGCUGAUGGCCGACGGGUACAGCCGCAUUUCCGGUGAGCCGUCGGUCUGCCUGGUAACCAAUGGGCCUGGCGUGUUGAACCUCACCUACGGGAUGGCCUCUGCUUACGUAUCCCAUUCUCCGGUGGUGGUCCUGGCGCCGUCAGCUUCCCGCGAUCACCAAAACAUGGAUUCCACGCAGGAAUUCGACCAGGUUGCCCUGUUCGAGCCGAUCACCAAGGCCAGUUUUUCGAUCAACAAGAUCGAGCGCCUGCCCGAUGCCCUGCGUCAGGCCUUCCGCAUUGCGACAUCUGGCAAGAUGGGGCCGGUACUGGUAGACAUCCCGCGGGACCUGUUGCCGGGCGCCGAGAUCGAUUUGGACAUUCUGGCCCCCUCCGCCUACCGCACUGGGCAGGGGCAUUCCCGGGGAGACAGGCAGCAGGUUGAAGCAGCAGCCCGGGAGAUUAUGUCGGCCCAACGGCCGGUGAUCGUGGCCGGUGGCGGCGUGGAGUGGAGCCUGGCAGACGCAGCCGUCACGCGCCUGGCAGAACUAACCGGAGCCCCCAUCGUAACUUCCUACGGGCGGGCCGACGCGGUGCCGAACGACCACCCCAACUACCUGGGUCACCUGGGGCGACUGGGCGCGGAGGAGGCCAUCGACGCGGUGCGCCACGCAGACGUGAUCAUCGCCGCCGGGACCCGCCUGGGCCAAUCGACGACGUUCUUUGACCAUCGCUUCAUAUCCGCGGACGCCCGGAUCGUUCACAUCGAAAUCGAUCCCAAAGAAAUCGGCCGCAUCUAUCCGAUAGACGGUCGGUGUUGA